CCGGGUUCUAAUGUUUACAGCUGGUAGCAUCGCUGAAACCACAGAGCUGGUUCCUGGCUUAUGAAAACCUUCUUUUAUGUAAAAACAACAUGUACUCCAAGUACUAGGAUUUAUUUGCCGUCACGUGGCGCAGGCAGCAGGCCUCCAUCAUCGGGACCAACUGCUGACAGUCCAAGUACAGAAUAAACCAUGAAGAAGAAAAGUAAGCGUCCAAGGUCAUGUGAGACUUCACGACAGACCAGCAGGACACAGAUGACAGCGAGCGUCAGUGAGGAGAAGAGGACAUCUGGAAACAGAGGGAGACCUCGAAAGACUGUUCCUGUCACCACAGACAAUUUUUACCAUGGUAACGCUGCAACAGACAAGACUGUUAACUUAGACUUCAGUGUGAGAGCUGCUGACGCCACACAGAAACAUCCAGAGAGCAAGUCGAGGUCUUCAGGCAGACUAUCCACUGCUAUCUGCCGGCUCUGCCACGGAAAGUUCUCUCCACGCAGCCUGCGGCAUGCCUUCAACAGGUGGUCUCAAGAUUCCAUCGAUAUCGUUGACGAUGAGUCAGACGCCGCGGCCCCGUCACCCCUUUUAUUCCACACAGAUUUCCAGCAACUGGUCGGGGUCCAGUUGAACCGUGACCCCCGUUUAUCGGAGUUUAUCUGCAAGAAAUGCCAUGCCAAGUUCUACAAGUGCCACAGCAUCCUGAUCAGGUUUCUGCAAAGAGUCAAUCUCCCACCAGUUGGGAAAGAGAACCUCAAAAGCCGGAAGAGAGCAAAGUGUCCCGAGUCAUCAGUAAAUCAAGGUUCAAUAACACCACCGUCCUUUACCUCGGACUCUAAGUGCCUCCACAGUCUGGUGUCCUGGGCUCACCACCACGGAGAGGCCUGCCGCUCCUGCCCCGACCUGAAGGAGGUGCUGAAGGGCCAGUGCUGGGGCUCUGUUAAGGCCGUGUGGGGUUGCGUUGACGGUCACAGAUACAUCAUGGACACUCAGUGCACCACUACUACUAAUCCAGGUUACACAAUGAACUUUAGCAGUGGAGUGUUGGGAAGUGGCAAUGGCGAUGGAGUGAUGUCAGAGGAGGAUGAACUGGAGCAGGAGGAGGAGGAAGAUGAAGUAGAACAGCCCAGUGGGAAUGGAAGGACCCCAGGUGGAAGUAUAAGCACUCUGGAUCAACACAGUCCACCAACAGUCAUGGCACAGACUCAGAGCUCAGCACUGGUUGACUGGGCCAGCAACACUGAAGAUUUUACAGGUCAUGAGGAGCCUUUGUCUCCUGCUCUGGCCCAGCUGGAGGACAGGACAGCUGACAGUGAUGUGUCUGACAGGAUCAUCUCUGAGGAUGAAUUUGAGGAGAGUAGAAAAGGAGGGUUGUCAGACGACGAGCUGUUCGAGCCGUACUCAGACAAGAGAGCUCGCAGGGUGACUGUCUCCAACAAGAGAAGACGAAGCCCAAAGGCCCCAGAGGAGCCAAAAAUCAAAAAGAAACCUGGACCCAAACCUGGCUGGAAGAACAAGUUCAAACCUAAAGGAGAGGAGCUGCCCAACAUCUACAAGUGUCCGUAUCAGGGUUGUACCGCUGUGUAUCGAGCUCCUGACGGUUUGAAGAAGCACAUCAAGGAGCAUCAUGAGGAGGUGAGAGAGCGACCCUGCCCCCAUCCUGGCUGCAACAAGGUUUUCAUGAUCGACCGCUACCUGCAGCGACACGUCAAGCUCAUCCACACAGAGGAGAGGAACUACAUCUGUGACCAGUGUGGUCAGACCUUCAAACAGAGGAAGCAUCUCUCAGUUCACCAGAUGAGGCAUUCAGGAGCCAAGCCACUGCAGUGUGAGGUGUGUGGCUUCCAGUGUCGACAACGAGCGUCACUAAAAUACCACAUGACCAAACACAAGGCAGAGGCCGACCUGGAGUUUGCAUGCCUGAUAUGUGGGAAGCGUUUUGAGAAACCCCACAACCUGAAUGUCCAUAUGUCCAUGGUCCACCCACUGACUCAAGUUGAGGCUCAGAGAGGCAGCAGCCAACAGCAGCAGCCGUAUUCUGACUUGCACACCAUCACUCUGACCGGGGAGGUGGUUCCGCAGGACCAGGACAGAUGACAGCAGGGAGUUCAGGUCCAGGUCUGCUGCAGGGGUACAUAAACUGUGGGACAGGGACCAGUUCUGACAACCUGUACUGUGGUUUUCAUUUCUUUACAUUCACUUCAUGGACUGGGAUGGGACCCGAAACAGAAGUUUCAUUUUAGUGGAUAGUGACCAAUCUACUGACAGUUAGCAUCCAGCCACCUCAUGGUCGGCUGUGAUUCUCAUUCCAGAAUGAAUUUAUUUCAUUGUCAGGACAAUUUCCGACCAAGGAGACCACAUGUUUAGGUAUUAGCUUGUUUUGGGGGAACACGUGUAUCACUGACAGGCGCUGCAGUGUAACCUGAUGCUUGGGAGUGAAGGCUGUAACUUUGUCACAGUAAGAUAUAUUCUACUAACAGAUUUUAAGAAAUUCAAAGUUGUAAUCCUUAAGAUUUUAUUUCGGUCUGAUUUGGUGACCCCUGUUGCUACCAUGGUAACACCACACUCAAUGAGUAGUUACUUAGAAAUACAACAGAAGAGCAGCUGGUUUUUCUGUUUACAGAGCAGUCAGGCAAACAUUUAGUUGUCUGCACACAGUGCCAGUAGUUUGUUGCUUGGCUGAGGAGUUGGAAGUAUAUGGCAAAUCUUUAUCUAACAGCUCACUGUGGCUGCUCCUGACUCUUCAUUACCCCGAGCAGUUUUCACAAUGAAUCUGAUGUCUAAAAACAACCAAAAUGACUCGUUCUGUAGACGCAUUUUUGAUGAACGGUUGCAGUCAGCACUGUGACAAAUACACUGUUUCCUGUCACUGCUUCACAAUAAAAGUCAACCGGCGUUUCCACCGCUGGAUGCUUUUAAUGUGAAGUAUUAGCAGUAGGAAAUGUUGUGUUUGUAUUCGCAGUAACUUAACAUCUCUGAUGUGUUCAAAGGCUGCAAGGCUGAUAUCAACAAAACUCAAUUACAUACAUAUAGAUAAUUACAGAGUGUUCAUACAUUGAAUGGCUAUUGCUGAAAAAACAUGAAUAGUAUCAAAAAGUUUGACUGAAUUAAAAUUUUAUGGAUUAUAAUUUUUUAAAGAAACAACCACUUCUGGUGCCUCUGAUACAGAUUAUUUUACACUGCCUAUGAACUAUAUGGAGCUUUUCAUUUCAGAGCAGCAGCCACGUAUUAAUGACUGUGUAACCUACAUAGAUGCAGUUUUAAUUCCUAUAAUGUGAUACUCUUGUUAUCCAAAUACAUGUAAAAAAUGGCCUGUUACCUCCUCUCAGUGCAAAAUGAUUUCCAAGAACAUACGGUUCAGUUUUCUUAGGUGAGUUUUUUGUUCUUAAGUUAUUACAGUGCUCAGUACAUUUUUAAGAGUUUAUCUCUGUAUUGUAAACAACAAAAAGGGCUUCAGAUGUACAUGUGUAAAUGUGUGUGCAUUAUGUACAAAAAGACAUAAAUAAAAUGUAGGCGUUUUUUACAAA